GGCUGGUGUUGUGGUGGUGUCGCAACUUGUGCCAGUUUUGGAUGUUAUUUUGCUCAUUGGAGGAGGAGGGAUUCGAACACAUGACGUUAGAAGAGGUGGCAAGGAGAGAGGCCUCUGUGGGUACGCAAUGUCACCUGCGGAUGGUGAUGUCUCAGAAAGCCUCUCUGAUAUUGACGAUGCAGAGGUUGUUGGGUACCUUAACAGCAAGAAGGCGGCACUGUUUAAAAGAAUGAUUUGGGAAGCAAUGAACAAGGACUAUGAUAAGGGAAAGAGUAGAAAACGAGCCAGAAUGGCCAAGAAAGCUGCUCCUGCUAAAAAGCCAGAAAAGGCUGUCUAA